CCUCAAGUAAUCCCACACUGUUAGCCAAAGCAAACGUCUGGACCCUUCCAAACCAACAACUCUCCAACAAAUGGUUCCUACCUGGCUUCGGCCCCGAAUCGCUAGAUAAAAGAGCAUACUCCUCACCUCAAUCAUGAUGGCUUCUUCGUCGAGACCUGCAGCAGUCCCUUACACCGGCGGCAUUUCAUCAUCGUCGUCUACAUCUUCUUCGUCAUCGCCCUCAUCGUCAAGCUCAUCUCCAUUCUCCGUGUCGGACUCCGACCUUCCGUCUUCAAACUCGGCGAGCUCAGGCUCCAGUGUGCGACACAGCAUGGAUUCCUCGAAACGACCCACAGUUCAGGUCACCACCAUCCGCUGCCUGCGGUGCGCGCGGGGAGAGGAGAUUACCACGACAGACGACCCGGUCUUGUCCGGCAUGGUGCAGAUCGGGACAAACAUCUACUACUGCAAACGCUGCGCCAAGAUGGUUGGCUUUACCUGAGCCGUAUUGCACCACGAGACUCGCUUGGGCGAGUGAGCCAGACGGAUGGCAGUUCUGCAAUGGAUUUCCUGGAGGUUGGAAUUGAAGGAAAU